CCGGUUUGUUUCAGAAACUCGUGUCCUAUUCACCAGUUUCGUUGACUGUAAAUUCAGUGUGUGCGAGUAUCGAUCGUGUGUUAUGGCAAUGCAGCAGGGGCGGAGAUGGACUCAGCUGAGUCUGACCAGUUGCGUCUCUGUCUGUGCGGUAUUCCAGUGCAGGCUGUUGGUCGAUGGGGAUGUGCCUCUGCGUUAUGUAUGUCACACAUGGCUCCCGUCGAGGUUGUAGGGGUUGUGAGUCGUUCUGCAGGAAAUUAAGUAUUUGCCCUGCAGGUUUUCGUAAUAAUGAACCUGCUGCAAUACUGAGAAUUUGGGACACUUGGGAACCACCAUGACUACAUCUUCAGAAGAUGUUCUAUUGCAAGUGGGACAGGUUCGUUACAAGAAAGGAGAUGGGACCCUGUAUGUGAUGAAUGAGCGCCUGGCUUGGAUGAUGGAUCACAGGGAUACUGUCUCUGUGAGUCAUAGAUACACCGAUAUUAAAACACAAAAGAUAUCACCAGAGGGGAAACCAAAAAUCCAACUUCAAGUCUGCCUUCAUGAUGGAUCUUCGUCGACAUUUCAUUUUGUAAAUCGCUUGGGACAGGGAGCUCAGGUGAAGGACCGGGACGAUGUUAAGGAACUUCUGCAGCAACUUCUACAGAAAUUCAAAUGUGAAAUCAACAAGGAGCUAGAAGAGAAGAAUAGGCUGCUGUCUGAGAAUCCGUCACUCCUGCAGCUGUAUCGUGAUCUGGUCAUGACGCAUGUGAUAUCAUCUGAAGAAUUCUGGUCACAACAUGCCUUGCAGUAUAUGCAGAAACAUCAAAGUCAGAAACAGGAUAUUGGAGUAUCAGGGGCAUUUCUGGCAGACAUUAAACCUCAGACAGAUGGCUGCAAUGGACUGAAGUACAAUCUUACAGCUGACAUUAUUGAAUGUAUUUUCAAGACAUAUCCAGCAGUAAGAAAGAAACAUCUGGAAUAUGUUCCGCAUAAGCUGACUGAAUCAGAAUUUUGGACAAAAUUUUUUCAGUCACACUAUUUCCAUCGUGAUCGUAUUAAUGCUGGUAACAAGGACUUGUUUACAGAAUGCGCCAAGCUUGAUGAUCAAGAGUUGAAGAAGGACAUUUCUGCUGGAAUUGAAGAUCCACUAGUUGACAUCACUUCAUUUGAAGAUAAAACUUUGGAUGAAGGUUAUGGAACUGGUGGAGACAGAUCAUGUGGCAUACAGAGUGGAAACAUUGUACAUCAGAACAUGAUCAAACGGUUCAACCAACAUUCCAUCAUGGUUCUGAAGGCGUGUCAGCAGAAUACAUUGUGCCACUCUGGCUCAGAACGACUUGAACAAUCAGGGGUACCUGAGAAACAAGCAAGCCAGUCAAAUGAAAGCAGCCCUGGUUGUAGUGAUCACCUGCAUACUGCUAAAAAGCUCCGAAUUCAAGAGAAACUAGUUUACGAUGAUUUGGAAUCUGACAGUAAGAUGCAGCAUCAAGGGACAGAACUCAGUUUGUCCAGAGUUGAGCGGUACCUUCAUGGACCCAUGCCAGGAUCAUGUGAGGAUGUACUAAGUGAAGAUGACAUGCACGCUGUGACAACUCGAUUGCAACGUGAAGCAGAGAGCUGGUGUUCAGUUUCACGACCUCAGCCAACUGCGUUAGUCAAUCCAGCUGCCGCUGUGAGUGCUCUUGGUGAGCUUACACCAGGUGGUGCACUUAUGAAAGGUUUUGAAGAGGAGUCGCUGGCUCUUAAAAUGACCAUCUUCAGAAGGAUAUUAUCAACACAUAGGGAUAAUAUGUACUAUUACCAUGUCAUAAAUAUGAAUAUUAUAUCUUUUAACUAAUUCUAACAUGUACAUUGAUUUUUGAAAACAUCUACAAAUUAUUGCAAUAAGUCUGUUUACAAAGUAGUGUACAAUAUUUGUUUUAAUCUAUAGCCAAUUUGGUUUGUGUCACUACACUUCUCCUUAAUGGAAGCUGAGUAAAUUUCACAGUGUGGUUUUGUUGUUUGAUGAUCGAAGCUCUGCAAUUAUUAUGGGUAUUAUGUAGUGUUUGUAUAAUCCAGAUUUUAUUCAAACAUGAAUUUUUAUUUUUAAUCCCACCUUUGGUGUGGUGGUCCAGUUAUGUAGGCUACGCUGUGUUGUUAUAUUCUAAUGUGUGUUGUGUCGCAUAUUUAUACCCUUUAUGCGUUAAUGACGUUUGUGUGGGCAUAUACUGAUGUUUUAUUAUGAUGUUGAACAUACUACUCUGAUUAUUGCUCUCCUUUGUAUGUUUUUGCUCUUCUAUCAAAUUAUUAAGCUUAUUAAAAUGA